AUGUCGUUCGUGUCGGUUUUACGACCGGCCGUGCUUGCCGUGCUGUAUCUCGCUGCAGCUUCCAAUGGAAUUACGGUGCGCAUUCAGGGUCUCGGUGAAGUGAUGGGAUCGGAAACGGUUACCGCCCGUACGGAGCAGCUGGUGUAUCGGUUUUUUAACAUCCCGUACGCAGAGUCACCGGUCGGUGCGAGACGCUUCAGAGCACCGGUCCCGAUCGCUUCGUGGAGCGCGGUAAAGGAUGUGUCCAACCCCGGCCGACCCUGUCCACAGCUCGGUAUUACCGAUCAGCUCAACCCUGGCGAAAUUACACCAGCAGUCGAAGACUGUCUCUCGCUAUCGAUCUACACGAAAAAUGUGACGGCGAAAUACCCCGUAAUGGUGUACAUUCAUGGUGGAUCGUUUUCGCUUGGCCGUGCCUCCGACCAUCCUCCAAACUAUCUGCUCGAGCGCGAUGUCAUCCUGGUGGCGAUACAGUACAGGCUCGGUGCACUCGGGUUCCUCUCCACGAUGAGUGCCAACAUACCGGGCAAUGCCGCCAUGCUGGAUAUCGUUAUGGCACUCAAGUUCGUGCAGGACCACAUCGGUGACUUUGGCGGUGAUCCGCAGCGUGUUACCGUGUUUGGACAGUCGGCCGGUGCGGCAGCUACUAGCGCCCUACUGUACAGCCCGCUAGUGCCACCGUCCUACUUUUCCCAGGUGAUCCUACAGUCGGGUGGAUCUACCGGGUCCUGGGCGAUCGAUCCGAAUCCGGUCGACAAUGCGAAAGAAAUUGCCAAAUACGCCGGGUGUGAUAUAGUGCGACCGAUAGAGGAUGUGGAAAGGUGCCUCCAAGAAUUGCCGGUAGUCACUUUGAUCAGAGCGCUCGACAUGCAUUCGCAAGAGAGAAUGGCGAAUCAAGGCGUUAACAAUAUUGGAGGCUGCGGCAUGGUUGUUGGUGGACCGUCCGGGUUUUUGCCCGCAGAUCCUAUCCAUGCGAUACGUCUCGGACAAGUGCGCAAGGAUGUCCGUAUGAUGGCCGGCGCCACAAAGCACGACGGAUCAUUCAUGAUGACCGGCCUGUACGAUAUGUUGGCCGCGGUGGAACUGAUCAACAAUAACCAAUUCAACCAGUACGAUCUAAUCGACACAGCUAACCGUGUGUUCGGCAUUGACGAGCACAGCGGAUCGUUGGCUGGUUACGAAAUUGAAGCGCUGUUCACUGAGCAGCAGCUUAAGAGUGGCAACUUCUCCCAACUUAUGGCGGGUCUGAUAGAUAUCGCUGGCACUCUCGUGAUCAAAGGUCCUGUGUUGCGAGAUGUACAAACCAACGCGAGAUAUAGCGAGAAGGAAACGUACCUAUAUUCGUUCGACUAUCAGGGUCAGCAUACGCGCUUUGGUUACGGGGCCAGUACCUCGCACUAUCCGUUCCGAGGUGGAGCUCACCAUUCGGACGAUAACAUGUACCUGUUCCCGUAUCCCCCGGAAGUUACCAAUUUUAACACCGCCGAUACGCGGAUGUCCGAAAUAAUGGUGGAUCUUUGGACCUCGUUUGCAAUUGAUGGUGUGCCAAAAUCGUCCAAAGGGGUACCAACGUGGCCCAGAGUGAACGGUCCAACUGGCCCAUACCUGCACAUCAACGAACCGUUUUCCAUCGGAAGCAACUUCUACGAGAAGUAUGCGGUCAGUGCACAUGAAAGUUCGGCGGCAUACACUUUUAAACAACUGUCGGCUACGUUCGUAGUGGCCCUUGUAAUGGCGCUGUCCGCUGUUUCAAUCAACUACAAUACUUAUGUGGUAGAAGAUUUUGUCAAGUGCCUCAUUGCCAGCCACUACACCAAGGGUACCGUCGGGGAGGUUAUAAAAGGAUCGACCACAGCCGGCCCAUUGAGUAGUUGUCAAUUACCUGGUACGAGGUACGCAAUCCCGGGAUCGAGCGAAACACAGCUUGCAGUUCCAAUGCACGUUCAGUGGAUUUCUAUCGGUUUGUUAUCAGUGUGUCUGGUGCUACUGUACGGUGAUCGUGUUAGCGGUCAACAGAACUCACCAAUCGUGGUGAUUGAUGGGCUCGGCACGGUACAAGGAACGCGAGGCCGUACGGCUUGGACCGAUCGUGAAAUUUACAAGUUUUACAACAUCCGCUAUGCGGAAGCACCCAUUGCGCAGCAGCGGUUUCGCAACCCAUUGCCUGUGAGACCGUGGAGUGGAGUGUACAAUGCCAUUUACCCCGGGAAACCAUGUCCGCAGCUAGGGUUGAACAGUACCAGUGAUUCGUCAGCGGAAGAUUGUCUCACACUCUCGGUGUACACCCAAAAUCUAACAGCCAAUCGUCCUGUUAUGGUGUACAUUCACGGAGGUGCUUUCGUUGUGGGGGCCGCUUCCCACUACGAACCGGACUACCUGCUCGAGAGGGACAUCGUGCUAGUGUCGAUACAGUAUCGCCUCGGACCGUUGGGUUUCCUGUCGACCGGAACAGCAAACAUUCCUGGCAACAUGGCCAUGCUGGACAUGAUCAUGGCCCUCGAGUGGGUAUCCAGCUAUAUACGGUUCUUCGGCGGUGACAGCACAUCAGUCACCAUUUUCGGCGAGUCCGCGGGUGGUGCAGCUGUUUCUGCACUGCUGUACAGUCCAUCGGUUCGGGAAGAUCUUUUCCACCGUGCCAUCAUACAGUCUGGAUCGAUUUUUUCUCCCUGGGCGACCUGCAAAUCGCCCAGAGAAGGAGCACUUGAUAUUGCACGUCGCGUAAACUGUGAUCGGCCGACCGAAACUAUGGAGGAUUGUUUGCGAUCCGUGCCGGCACUUAAACUGAUGGAAGCCUACGAAGAGCAUAAAAAUACGCAGUUCAACAUUACCGGCUAUCCGGACGUUUCCGGUGCGUGCAUUGUAAUAGGGGAAGCUUCACCGUUUAUGCCAAAACAUCCCAAAACACUGGCACGCACCGCUUUCCGGAAUAUUGAGCUGAUGGCUGGAACUACCUCACAGGAGGGACUCAUGUUUUGGGAAGGAGUAUACCGAUACGGACUUUCCUUCAAACCGGAAAACAUUCAAUCGUCCUGGGAGCUGCUGCAGCUUAUCGAUACAAUUAACGAGCGGUUUGGAGCCAACUCUAACGAUGGAUCUCACACCUGGCAUCAAAUAUUUAGCACCUUCCUCAGCUCUGAAAUUGACCGUGCCAACUUCACAGAACUUCUGCCUGGAUUGGUAGACAUCUGUGGUAAUCUCGCUAUCAAAGCCCCAGUUCUGCAAGAUGUAACACGUUUUGCGCAUGCCAAUGCGGGAAAGGUUUACUUGUACAGUUUCGACUACAGUGGCACACCGUCGAUGUACAACUUUUCUACGGCAGAUGGGUUCAACUAUCCAUACCGUAACAAUUCUUUCCACGCGGAAGAUCUUUUCUACCUUUUCCCGCUGGGACAGCGACUCGAUCAACGUGAUACGGAGAUCGCUAAAACGAUGGUCGAUCUGUGGACUUCGUUCGCAAUAUACGGCCGUCCGAUGGCAGGUGCAUUAAAGCGUAACUGGAAUUCUGUUUCUCAUUUCCACGGACCCUAUCUAAAAAUCAACGAAGAGUGUGCGGAACUGCAAAACUAUUUCAAUGAAUUCUCCGCCUCUACCGACAAGGCUAGGCAUCAGCGGUCCACGGGUAGUUUGUUCCGGCUUUCGGCAGUAACUGUUGUUCUAGCACUAAGUUACAAUAUAAUGAGACAAUUUGUGUAA